AUGACGAGCAGCUCGGGCAACAAGGACUUUCGUGACCAACUCGGCAAGUUUCGCCUCGAGUCCCCGAACGUCUCGUCUCCGACGGCCUGGUCACAUUCUCCGACCACCACCACGACACUCCCCAAGCCAUCGCCUCGCUCGUACCAACCCACCUCACCCUCCUCGCUACAGCAGCCCCCGCCAGUGUCCCACUCGGCGCCCACCCCCGACCCCACGUCUACUCUGAGCGCGCGGAGCAAACGCGUAUCGACGGCAUGCGACUUUUGUCGCAAGCGCAAGAAGAAAUGUGAUUUCCGGUACCCCAAUUGUUCGGCCUGUACGCGCGCCGGGGUUCGCUGCACCAUCCCCCCGCCAGGGCCCCAAGUGGCCAGUGCCUCGGUACCCCGAGAUCAGCUGGAAACCUUACAAAAACGAGUGCGAUGGCUGGAGGAGGUGGUACGUCGCAAAGUGGGCGUCUCGGUGGCCGAUCUGGCCACAGGUACCCCCGUGGAUGGCGAGGGGGAUCCCGACUGGUGGUAUCAGGUGCCUGCCAUGAUCGCGACCAGUGGCAGUCGGUCAUCCGUGGGAUCGAUGCUGAGCCCCAUGGGGAGCGGUAGCUCGUCGGCGACCCCAGGAUUGGCAGCCAUCUCGGACUCGCCCACGGGGGUGGGUGUUGAGCUGCCCAAUGUGGGUGAGAUCCUUCGCGAUCAGUUGGAGAAUCGCCGCCCGUCCGUCGCACGACCGGCCGUUGCUCCACGGGUACUGCGCCUGUCCUCACUCGAAGAAGCCGAACGAGUAGCCGGCCAGUACUUUGAUAGCAUAGGAUACCAGUACCCCUUCCUUUCUCGGCCGGAGUUCUUCGGCCAUCUGCGCCACAUCUACACGGGCGGCGUGCCAACCCCGGAGGUCCAUAACACCUAUCAUAUCAUCAUCGCCAUUUCACUCCUCAUCGGAUCCGCCGAGCCUGCACAGGCCGCCGAGUUUUAUCAAGCAAGCCAGGAGACUCUCCCUCUCGCUCUCCAAAACGAGGAUUUACCCUCCAUUCGGGCCUUGCUCGGGUUGGCCCUGUAUACCAUGUUUGCCACGGCUGGUCCCAGCAUCUGGCAUGUCUUGGGGGCUACCCUACGACUCGCUAUCAGCAUGGGCCUGCAUAAGGCUCGGUCAUACCCCAGCCUGAUGGAAGAAGAAAUGGCUAAACGUGCCUUUUGGAGCCUCUACAACCUGGACCGUCUCAUUGCCAGCACCCUGGGGCGACCGCUGGGAAUCCCAGACGAUGACAUUAGCGUGGGCCUUCCACGGGAGCUGAACGACGAUGGGAUGGAGGCACCUGGUGCGAGUACUAUGACCAUUCCACUACAAGUGAUGCGUUUGCGACGUAUCUUUUCUCGUAUCUACCAAUACUUGUACAGCAAUCUCCCCCAACCCUCUCAGCAAGAAGUUGCCGCCACGCUGGGUCAAUUCCGUCGCGAGGUGGAUGACUGGCGUAUGGCAGCCCCUGUCUACCCCUCGGCACUCCUCUAUUCUACCUCUUAUUACGAUUAUCUGUAUUAUACUACCUUAUUGCUGAUGUAUCGUCCAAGUCCUCGGAAUCCGACUCCGGACGUCACCAGCAUUGUCAGCUGCGGUGAUUCCAGUAUUCAAGUCAUUCGAUCCUACUGGGAUAGUUACUCUGUGGGCAAACUGAAAUGGAUCUGGUUGACACUGAGCCAAGUCUAUUUUGCCGGCAUCACAAUUCUGUGGUGUCUGGAACAGAAUGCCCGCUGUCUACGCGAUUCCCGCCCGGCUCCAUGGCAUCCCGACGAGCAAAUGAUGCGUCGGGGCAUCCAGGCUGUCGUGGUAUUGCUGGAGCAAUUUGGCAAGCGACGCCCGGGAGUGGAUCGAUUGGCAGAGACAUUCCGCCAUCAGAGCACCACAAUCUUCAGCCAAAUGGCAUAUCGACAGCAGCAAUUGGAACACCAGCAGCACCAACACCAUCAUGUACAACCUCUUAUGCCACCUCAACCUUCCGUCACUCUCGCUCCUCCACCUCCACCUCCCGUUCCUCUGGCCCCCAUUCUGGAUGACGUUCUGCUGGUCGAUGGCAGCGGGAUAAUGCCAAUGAUCGACCCGCAAAUGGCAGAGCAACUUUACUACUCAUACAACUGGUUCCAGGAGGAGAUGGCCAGUUACUAUACCCUUUGA